UCUCUCUCUCUCUCUCUCUAUUCUCACUCAGAGCCGACGGGCUUCUCAGUGGCGGAGCGGCGGAAGUGAGAGGUGGUUUUGCUCUGAAAGAGACAAAUAGGGGAAAAGAGAAAGAAGUGGAGCCGAGACCACAGCGCAACCAGAGAAUGGGAAUCUGCUGCAGGAGCAAAUCCUCCUAGAGACGGAGACCCGGAGGAGGCAGCGGUCACUGUGCAGCAGCGGCAGCAGCACUGCUUCCAACAGACAGAGAUUUAAGAUGAUUGACAGUCAGCUGUCAGCACAGAGGAGGGCGAUGAGGAGUCUUCCUGAAGACAUCGGCCAGCAGAAGACCAGCACCUACAUCGUGCCCUGCUUCCUCUUAGUGGAGCUGGUCAUCAUGGCAGGGACCGUUCUGUUGGCGUACUACUUUGAGUACACAGACACGUUCCCCGUGCACAUCCAGGGCUUCUUCUGUUUCGACAAAGCCUACUCCAAGCCGAACCCGGGACCGGAGGACAACAGCAAGGCGCCGCCCGUCCUCGUCUACUCCCUAGUCACCGCCAUCCCCACUGUGACGAUUCUGAUCGGGGAAGUGACCAGUUUCUUUGUGAAGACAGAGGGAGCUCAGGAGAAGACCAUAGUGACCGCCGACUGCUGUUAUUUCAACCCUCUCCUCCGCAGGAUUGUACGUUUUCUGGGUGUCUACUCCUUCGGGCUCUUCACCACCACCAUCUUUGCCAAUGCCGGUCAAGUGGUGACAGGAAACCAGACGCCGCACUUCCUGUCCGCCUGCAGGCCAAACUACACGGCUCUGGGCUGCCAGUCUCCGGUGCACUACAUCGCCGAGCGCCGGGCCUGCACAGGAAAUCCGUACCUGGUGGCGUCCGCCCGCAAGUCCUUCCCCUCCAAAGACGCGGCGCUCAGCUUUUACUCAGCCAUCUACACGGUGAUGUACGUGACCCUGGUGUUCCGGACCAAAGGGACCCGUCUGACUAAGCCCACCUUGUGCCUGGUGCUGCUGUCUCUGGCCGUGCUGGUGGGGGUGGUGAGGGUGACUGAACACAGAAACCACUGGAAUGAUGUCCUGGCUGGGUUUGUCACCGGAGGGGCCAUCGCUGCCUUCCUGGUGUCAUGUGUGAUCAACAAUUUCAAGCAGACCCAGAUAGGAAUGCCGACUCCUCCGCCUCCACAGCGUCCAGAGUCCGCGAUCGGGCUUCCUCUCCUCAGCCUGCCCCGCGUGGAGAGUCCACUCGAAAAGCUCCAGGGCUACCGUAUUCUGAGAUCACAUGACCAUCAGCCAAUCCCGUCCCCCGCCCCUCCCGAUGUGCUCCUCCCCUCACGGCGUUGCCUCACCAGCGCAGUCUAGACCUGCCCACUGAAUACCCCCCGCCCUGCCCUGCCCACCCCGUAGGACGACAUCCUCUCAGACGAGUCAAAUCCACGCAGGUCUGAAUGGUCCACCAAUCACAGGAGGCAGAACAGCGCACACGUGCGUGUGGUGUGCAUGGCUGAAACCUGUCAUCCGCUAAGGACCAGCAGGAGAGGAUACGUGUCCUUCUGUCCUUCUGUCCUUCUGUCCUGUUCUGUCCUGUUUGUCCUCCACGAUGGCCUCCUUUUUUCCUUCAGGUGAUAAAAGACCCAAUGAAAGAACCCGCCAAAGCCAGAGCUGUUGAAGCAAUACUGUGUCCCUAUUUCCUUGUCCUGUUUUCCACAAAGACCCACAACAGAGACUCUAAAGACUGUUGGCUGGUGAUGACUUGAUGAAACACUUGAUCAAAUCAAAGUAAUUCAGCGAAGCUGAGGGUUCGGGCAACUAAGAAAAUUCCAAUCGCUGGUGGAUCGUCCUCAACAGACCAUUUUGCAACACUCAGGACAAUACAAUGGGGACAAAAAGGGACAAUAUUAGAAUCAAAGACCUUUAUGUAAUCAAAAUGCAGGUACUGUUGAGUAUUAUGGCACAGAUUUUUAUUUCUGUCCGCAAAACAAACAAGAGUCGAAGAGGAAAGCACCUUUGUAAAUUAUGGCACAGAUGAACCUAUUUGGUGUUCAGUGAACUGUGUUGUGUCUUAUUUGUUUAUGGGGGGGGAUUUGGGUUUGAUCUCUGACAGAAGAGAGAUUCAUACACACUAGGGCUGUGCUUGUGAUACUACCAUUUGUUUUUGGGGCAUCGGUUAAUUCAUCCCUGAACUAGAUUUGCCAUCAGCUCUCCAAAUGUCUUUUACUGACUAUUCAGGUGUGUGUUUUCUAAAAGCUGUAGGUUCUACGUCCAUGCUGUGAAAUAUUUGGAAGGUUUUAUCAUUCGACUUACUGCCUGUUCCCAUGUGGACUACUUCGUUGGUGUUAGUUUGCAUAAAAUGUCCCCGUUUCUUUUUCUUUCUCUACCUGUAUCUAAAUGUUACCCCUUUGCUUUCCGAAGCGAUUGUGUGAUGAGAGUAGUUCUGCGUCAGUUGUUGACGCCACUGUUUUAUCCGUCCUGUUCAGCUGUUUCCUCACACGGACUUUAGGGAACCAAUGGCACAGAUCAGUGUGUAACACAGAGGUAGGACCUCUUGAGUUUUGUAUAGUUUUGUACAGUAAAUAGGUUUCUUUACACGGUAUAUACUACAUUAUCAUUAUGUUUAAAUAGUGUGAACAAUGUGAAGCUACCUGAACCUGUCCUGCAGGAACACGAGUCGAGGCCUGGUCUGAAGCAGGAAUGUAGCGCGGUGGAGCAGUGUGUGAAAUCGAACAGCAUGCGCUCGCUGUGUUUGGCUCACAACUUGCUUUGGAUCUGCUUCGUUCAAAAGGACACUGCAGGGCAGGUUAUUGUGGUAGGAGAGUACGCGAUGGGUUAUAUAAAGACAUUUUAUCAAGCGUGCGUGCGUGUACAUGCGCGUGUUCAUUGAGAUUUGUGUGUAUGUUUAUAAUGAGCACAUUGUAUGGCAGCAAAACUGUUAAUUUGGCAAUCUUUUUUUCUUCAGUUAAACCGUCAAAAGUAGCUGCUACAAUUACACACUUGUGCUUGUGUGUAAGUGCAGGCCUUCAAAGGACCCCUGCCAAGGCGUCCCUAACAAUGCCUGUUAAAGCAGAAGGCGCUCAUUAUAGCUUGGAGAUUACUUAAAGAAAAACUUUUCAGUCUGGAUAUUUUUUUGUAAACAACUGAAGGGGUGGAGAACACUGUAACUGUCCAAAAUGAUGUUAUUUUCAUGUUACAAAUGUUUCUGUUUUGUAUUUAUUUACCAAAAUAAAUUGCAAUUACCACA